CGCGCAAUACAAACGACGAAAGAACCGGAAAUAGACUGCCGGUUUGAUGGUGACUCCGCGUCCUUUAUCUCAGGCCCCACUGCCCAUUACGACAUCGUUUCUUGAUCACUGAUCAACAGAAUUUCCUUUUCUCAAUUCAACCAAAUUAAUUAAUUAAAAAGCAAGGCACAGGUAAUUUCCCGUAUUUUGUGUUUCUCUUUCUUUGGGUUCUGAUCAAAUUAAAAUCGCAUCAAUCGCUUGAUUUUCAAUCUGUUUUUUAGGUAAAGAAGAAAAGAGAAAAAUGGCAUCUUCAAUGGAUCCAUGGAUGAAGGAAUAUAAUGAAGCAGUGAAGCUUGCAGAUGAUAUUAAUGGGAUGAUAUCGGAACGGAGUUCGUUUCCUGCAUCAGGACCUGAAACUCAGCGUCAUGCAUCUGCCAUCCGGAGAAAGAUCACAAUUUUGGGGACUAGGCUUGAUAGCUUACAGUCCCUUUUGACAAAGCUUCCUGGGAAGCAGCAAAUAUCAGAGAAAGAGAUGAAUCGUCGCAAGGAUAUGGUUACAAAUUUGAGAACAAAAGUAAACCAAAUGGCUACCACGUUGAAUAUGUCAAACUUUGCCAACAGGGAUAGCUUGUUUGGUCCAGAAAUAAAGCCAGCUGAUGCCAUGCGCAGAACUGAAGGUCUGGACAAUCAUGGCAUUGUUGGUCUUCAACGACAAAUUAUGAAAGAGCAAGAUGAGGGGCUUGAGAAGUUGGAGGAGACAGUAACAAGUACGAAACAUAUUGCAUUGGCUGUUAAUGAGGAGCUUGAUCUUCACACAAGACUCAUUGAUGACUUGGACCAACAUGUGGAUGUUACCGACUCCCGCUUACGGCGAGUGCAGAAGAAUCUGGCCAUUUUGAAUAAGCGCACAAAGGGAGGCUGCUCCUGCUUGUGCAUGACAUUAUCUGUCGUCGGCAUUGUGGUUCUGGUUGUCGUCAUAUAUCUGCUGAUCAAAUAUUUGUAACACAACUUAACCCACCCAUUUUUCCUCGUCAUCUUUUUUUUUUUUUGCGUGCCAUGUUGUGUAAUUUGGCCUUUUACUAUUGUUUCAUGUUGGAACACUGCGUUUGGCUUUUGCCUUAUUUUCUGUUGGUGCUUUGUGAAGUGAAAAUGCUGAGUUUGUCAAGUAACUGUGUAAAUUACAAGUGUCCGGUCAAUUGUGUAAUGAUUUUCACACUUUAAUUAUUGAGGGUUGCUACUCUCUUUUCACUAA